CUUCAUUUGCCUCUCUCCGUGUCUCCUCCUCCACCUCACCCUCAUUCUUUCUUUCUUCCUCCCUCCCUCUCUUCCACUCUCUCUUCCCUCCUCCCCAUCCUCCCUUCCAUUUGUUGGUUGGUCUUGUGCUUCCCACUAUCUUUGUGGCCUGCACCGGAGGCGCCCGGACGAUCCUAUGCUUUCUCUUCGUUCCUACCGUUAAUCGUCUUUCUUUCCCUUUAUACCAACUCGGUCGGAAUACCGAGAGCGUUGUCUGCCGGACGUAACGCUACAGCCUUUACCGAAUACUUGGCUUUGUCCGCAUGUCGACUGGUGUUGACAGUCGACAUACUCCACGUACAUCGUCCUUUUCAGCAUCAGGUUCUAGACCUAGCAGGCGUUCGGUGUCGCACGUUUCCGAACCCGCGAUUCCCUUAGUCGCCUUGGACAAAUCGAUCGGCAAAUCUCGUCGCAGUUUAUCCCACAUGAUGAUGUCUCAAAGCCAGCGCUCUCGCUACCUGAAGACAGGUGCUAUUGUCAGUGCAGUGCUUCUUCUGUUGUUGUGGCUGUCGCCGUCCAAGCCCACAGUGAGCAACAUUGGAUCCCAGCCACCGUUGAAUGGUGUCGCUCCCCUAACGGACAAGUGCACGAAACCUCAUGACCCCUCCAAGCCUCUGAUCCAGUAUGCGCUUAUGAUCGACGCGGGCAGCCAGGGUUCUCGCAUCCACGUCUACCGCUUCAACAACUGCGGCCCCACCCCCGAACUUGAGAACGAGGUCUUCGAGCAAACCGAGAAGAGACAGGGUGGCUCCGGCCUGAGCGCCUACAAGGAAGAUGCUGAGGGAGCGGCCAAGAGUCUGGACCCUCUGAUGCAGGUCGCUCUCAAGUCUGUGCCCGCCGACUACCAGUCCUGCUCCCCCAUUGCCGUGAAGGCCACCGCUGGACUGCGUAUGCUUGGCCCCGAGAUGAGCCAGAGGAUUCUGGAGGCCGUGCGUACUCGCCUGGAAACCGUCUACCCCUUCCCGGUUGUCUCCCGUGAGAUGGGUGGUGUGCAGAUCAUGGAUGGCAGUGACGAGGGUGUCUAUGCCUGGAUCACAACCAACUACCUUCUCGGUAAGAUUGGCGGUCCGGACGAGACCCCUACUGCUGCCAUCUUUGAUCUGGGCGGUGGGUCCACUCAGAUCGUUUUCCAGCCCACGUUCCCCCAGAGCCCCUCGGGCGGUAUGCCCGAGCACCUGGCGGACGGUGACCACAAGUACUCGCUGCAAUUCGGCGGUCGUCACUUUGACCUCUACCAGCACUCUCACUUGGGUUACGGAUUGAUGGCUGCUCGGGAUGCUGUACACAAGGCGAUCGUCGAUGCCAAGUUGGCCGCCAGCCCCGUGGAUAUGUCCUGGUUGAAGCAGCCGAUCUCCAACCCCUGCAUUGGACCUGGUAUGGAGCGCGAUGUCGAGCUGACCUUUGACAACGACCACCCGCUCGCCGGUAAGGUGACGGUGAAGAUGGUUGGCCCGAAGCAAGGCGCUUCUGCGGCAGCUCAGUGCCGUGGCUUGACUGAGAAGAUCCUGAACAAGGAUGCUGACUGUAAGCUGGCGCCCUGCUCCUUCAACGGCGUUCACCAGCCGUCUCUGGAGAAGACUUUCGCCCGCGAGGAUGUGUACAUCUUCUCCUACUUCUACGACCGCACCAAGCCCCUGGGCAUGCCUGACUCCUUCACCUUGGACGAGCUGCACCAGCUCACGUCGACGGUCUGCGCGGGUGAGCCCGCAUGGGGCAUCUUCGAGGGUGUUGAGGAUGCGCUGCCCCAGCUGCGCGAUCGCCCCGAGUGGUGCCUGGACCUGAACUUUAUGCUGGGUCUGUUGCACACGGGAUACGAGAUGCCCUUGUCGCGUGAGGUGAAGAUUGCGAAGAAGAUCAAGAACAACGAACUUGGCUGGUGUUUGGGUGCUAGUUUGCCCCUGCUGAGCCAGGAAUCCGGCUGGACCUGCCGGGUGAAGGAGGUCUCCUAGACGAACCAACGUUAGGUGAUGCAGCGACGACGGUUUAAUCCACCUUGCGCAUGUGCGCUUGGACGUAUACAUGUCUAAUAUCAUGCAAAUACACUAGAUCAUUGAUUUAUUUUUCCGUUCCAUGUGUAUUCUUAUUAAACUUGGCUGGUGUUUAUUUGGGUAUGAUUAUUAUGUUAUGCUUGAUCUAUGAAUCUAGAG